UUCUCCCCCUAACUAACUCUCUGGCUGGUGCCUGCCAUGAAAACCAUCGUAUGAUUCGUCUCCAUCACUUUACUCUGCUCAGUUUUCAAUCAGCUCGACAAGUUUUUCUUCCAAAAACAUCUUCUCGGUGUUUCAUAUUAAAAGGAACUUGAAGUAUUUUAUCUGGGAAGUGGGAAUCCGUGAUUUUAGCAUCUGGAUUUUUUCUACUUCUCAUUUCUUUCGUCUUUCCUGAAUUAGAGCUCUAGCUUCCUCUUUCUCUUUUGAGCUGUUGAUGUUGGAUGCUUAUCGAUUUGUUGCAUAGCUUCCUAUAGAGAGUUUUAAAUAACUCUCAGGUUGCAUUUGGAAGUCAACCCACUGAAAAUGGCAGCCACUACAGCUCCAAUCUGUUUCUACCGUGAUGAAACUAUUAUUGCAUGCAGCGAAUCAGCAGCUUCAUGCACUGAAAGGUUCUCCAGAAGAGGGUCCUGGAAUCAGCGUGGUGUGCUUGAGCUGAAACUAUGGUCUGGUAAUAGACACUCAAGAACUUUCCAGUUGGCAACUUCUCACAGAAGUUUCUUCCAGAUAGUGUCAAGAACUUCUCCUUCAACCUCAGGUGGAAGAUCCAAGACUUCUUCGGUAAUUGGCAUUGAUACGGCUACAUGCUUUUCUGAGAUAGAAGAGGAUAUCAGAUCUCCAUCUAUGAUGUUGAACAUUGUGAAGAAGUUGAGGACAGCACAUGUCAUUGCAGUAGCCAGUGUUAUGACAUGCAUUUUCUUGGUUGUUCCAUCAGCAGAAGCUGUUGAUUCACUCAAGACAUGUGCUUGUUUAUUGAAAGAGUGCAGGGUGGAGUUAGCCAAGUGCAUUGCAAAUCCAUCUUGUGCAGCCAAUGUUGCAUGUCUACAGACAUGUAAUAAUCGACCUGAUGAGACUGAAUGCCAGAUUAAAUGUGGAGACCUGUUUGAGAACAAAGUUGUGGAUGAGUUCAAUGAAUGUGCAGUCUCCCGCAAGAAAUGUGUACCUCAGAAAUCUGAUGUUGGUGAUUUUCCCAUUCCGGAUCCUGCUUCUCUUGCUAAAAGCUUCAACAUUGGAGAUUUCAGCGGGAAGUGGUACAUAACGAGUGGUUUAAAUCCAACAUUUGAUGCCUUUGAUUGCCAAUUGCAUGAGUUUCAUAUGGAGUCAAACAAACUUGUGGGAAAUUUAUCAUGGCGGAUACGGACUCCGGAUGGUGGGUUUUUCACUAGAUCAGCUGUGCAGAGAUUUGUUCAGGACCCAUCACAACCUGGGAUACUUUAUAAUCAUGACAAUGAGUAUCUUCACUAUCAAGAUGAUUGGUACAUUCUGUCAGCCAAGAUUGAGAAUAAACCAGGCGACUACGUAUUUGUAUACUACCGAGGUAGAAAUGAUGCUUGGGACGGAUAUGGCGGUGCUGUUGUGUACACCAGAAGUGCAGUUUUACCUGACAGCAUAAUCCCUGAACUAGAAAGAGCAGCUAAAAGUGUAGGACGGGACUUCAACAAGUUCAUUAGGACAGAUAACACUUGUGGGCCUGAACCCCCUCUUGAAGCAAGAUUGGAGAAGACAGUGGAAGAAGGAGAGAAGAUACUUGUAAGGGAGGUAGAAGAGAUUGAAGAAGAGGUGGAGAAGGUAGAGAAGACUGAGAUGACAUUGCUUCAGAAGUUGGCAGAAGGGUUUAAGGAGCUCAAGCAGGAUGAGGAGAACUUUUUGAGAGGGCUGAAUGAGGAAGAGAUGGAGAUUUUGAGUGGACUGAAAAUGGAAGCAAGCGAGGCAGAGAAACUAUUUCGACGAGCCUUACCAUUGAGGAAGCUGAGGUAGGCUGACUAAUUGGAUCAGCUUACAAGCAUUGGAUGGUCAUGUGACAACACCAAGCAUGUUGAGUGUCAAAAUGCUUCAAGUACAAUUGCAUAUUCUCUCUAUUUUUGUUUCCCUGUGUAAAAGUAGUGACAGGCUCAAGAUUAAUGAGUUGGGAUAGGAAUUGGAUUCAUCACUUUUUGUCAAUUCUUGUUAAUACCCUGAAAAAGGCAUGAAACAGCAUCUUAGGAGGGACAUUGAAUCAUCACGUCUUUACAAACUUCUCUUGUAGAUGCUUUGUUAUGUUGUUCCAUGGGCAUUACAGGCGUUAACAUGAAAUAGAUAAACACUUCUUUAUUU